AUGUCAUCCUUAGCUCUAUACCACCGCGACGGCGCCUGCUCAAUGGCACCCCACAUACGUCUCCUCCACCUCCCUAUCCCAUUCACCGCGGUCCCCAUGAUCGAUGGACCAGACGGCUACCAAGCAGCUGAUGGCUCGUUCUCACAUGCUGAUUACCGGAAGAUCAGUCCUGCAGGUUUCGUUCCGGCUCUUGUCGUUGAUGGACAGGCUUUGACCGAUAAUGCGGCGAUGUUGACUUAUCUUGCUGGCCUGAGGCAAGAUGAGGGGCUGGGAGGUUCAGAUGAGUGGGAGAGAGCCAAGAUUGGGGAAUGGUUGGCAUGGCUAGCCGGAACUCUCCACGGCCGAGGGUUCGGCGGUCUCUGGAGGCCGGGUCGGUAUUCGGAUGACGAGACUAUGUGGCCAAGUAUAGAGGCCAAGGCAAGAGGAUUUAUUUUGGAAUGCUUCGCUCGAAUCGAAGCCGGGAUUGGUGGCAAACCGUACGCAGUUGGAGAGAGGUUGACGGUCGUGGAUAUCAUGUUGCAUACUUUCUGGCGCUGGAGUCGGGCGCUUAGCUUGAGUCAGGAGGACAUGGUAGCGAGGUAUCCUGGUUGGGCGAAGGUGAUGGCCAAGGUGGAGAAGCUGGACAGUGUGCGGUCUGCUAUGGCUGCCGAGGGGCAGGAGUUGUGUUUCACAUAG